AUGGGCGGCCCCUUUGCGCCUCGAGUCGCCCUACUGGGCGGCAAGCCAACCGUCGAUGUCGAUGUUCCCGUUUGCUCGGUCUUCCUCGCCCUCUUCCUCGGGUUCGGCGUCUCACACAUGGUGGUCUUCCGACGCAAUUUGUCCAGAGGUCACAAGUUCAUCCCGUCAGCCGUCACGUUCGGUUUCUGCAUGUCGCGCGUCGUCGCCAGUAUCAUCCGAAUUGCCUGGGCCUGUCAUCCAACAAAUGUUCGACUUGCCAUCGCCGCGCAGAUUUUCGUGGCGGCCGGGGUCCUGCUGCUGUUCAUCCUAAACCUGCUCUACUCGCAACGCAUGCUCCGCGCAGCACUGCCCCGGAUCGGAUGGUCAAGAGCCGUGUCAUAUGCCUUCAAGGUGUUCUAUGUCCUCGUCGUUCUGACCAUCAUCAUGGUCAUCACUUGUGUGAUCCAGAGCAUGUACACCCUCAACACGAACACCCUGCGCAUCGACCGGGACAUCCAGCUCUACGGCGCGACCUACUUUGCCAUCGUGGCCUUCCUCCCGCUCCCCAUCACCCUCCUGGUCCUCUUCUUUGCCCGUGGCAGGGACUUUGAACACCCUGGAUCCGGCACUUGGGCGGCGAAGGGAUGCAUUGUGAUCUUCGCCGCGGUACUCUUGUGCUUGGGUGCCUCGUUCCGCGCGGGCACCACCUGGAUGCCUCCUCGUCCCGCGACCAACCCACCAUGGUACGACCACAAGGCCUGCUUCUAUGUCUUCAACUUUGGCAUCGAUUUGUCAGUGGUCGCACUCUUCCUCAUCGCCCGCGUUGAUCGGCGAUUCUGGGUGCCGAAUGGCAGCUCGGCGGUCCGUCAUUAUCGCGGAGCCGAGACUGAACAGAAGGAGCCAUCGUCGACACAGGCCGACGAGCGUGAUAUCGAGAGCUGCGUUGGUCCUUCGCCUGUUUCUUUUUCUUCGGUUCAGCACGAAAAGUAA